AUGAGUGGCGAAUGGAACGAGUACAAUGAUUCGUCUGUCUCACGACCAAUUGAUCCCCAAAGUGUGGUGACUCCCGCCGCCUAUCUAUUGUUCUACCGUCGCCGUUCUGACCGCCCGCUGGGCGGAAAGGUCUUGGAAGAAAUCACCGAGUCGUCGACUCGACCAGCCAGCGAGGACAACUCCCCGGCUGGGUCCCGUGGGCAGUCGCCUUCGGGGGACGGGCGGCGUCUCGGCGGCUCCUCCCGCAAUGGGUCGUCGAGCGCCUUAGCCGGAGUCGGAGCAGCUCACCAAGCGGGAGAUGGUGGUUUGCGAACCGGAAUCCGGGCGAGGAACGAGGACAGUGAUGACGACGAUGAUGAGUCGCCUCCCGUCUAUUCAGACAGCCCAGCCGCUGGCGAGCAGAGCCUUGCGAAAGCAAACCGACUGGAAGGUAUGAGCUUUGAUGAAGACGAGUUCGGCGAUGGAGCCUAUGCCAACCCGCUCCCCUACUCAAGCCAGCCCACGUGGUCCUUCGACCGAGUCACAGAUGCUCAUGGCCUUUCACAGAUGACCACAGUACCUCCGGGAUCCAUCUCUGAUGACGAGGAUUUGUUCGACGACGAUGCCAGCAACAAAGCGGUGGGCGGGGGAGAUCUCAGCGACUCCGACUUGCGCCUCGCCGCAUUGACCGGAAGUCCAGUCGGUCAGGGAGUAUUCCCAGGCACGCCCAUGGAGGAGGAAGCUCCGAUCCAGGACAUCCCUCCGCCACUAGACGGCGAUGACGAUGAAGAUUUACCCGUGGUGGAGCUACGAGUGAAUGAUGAAGACCGGAUCGUCUCGGACUGA